GUGCUAUUCGUGAUUUAAUAGGCAUUUGGAAUGGUUGUUUAUCACUUCAAACUGUAUUAUUUAAGAAUGUACAUAAGUAAUAUUGUUUGUUAAAGUGCUAAUUAGUGUGGUGUUUAAACAUUAAAGUGCUUCGAUUUUCAACAACUUUUUGAUACUGUUUUUGUGAAAUUUUAAAUAAUUGGUGUUGACAAGAAAUCGAAAAGAAAAAAAUGAGACGAAGAUCACCGAGUUCAUCAUCGAGAGAUAGACGUUCAAGAAGAUCACGAAGUGAAGAUCGACGAUCGAACGGGAAAAGAGAAGAAGAAAGAGAUAAGCGAAGAGAAGCCUGGUUACUUCAACAAGAAAGAGAAAGAGAACACGAAAUUCUCAAGAAAAAAAUGAUUUUAGAAUAUGAAUUAAAAAGAGCUGCUCUUUUAAAGAAACAAAGAACUAAUGGUUCUCCUCGAAGUCGAACUCCAAGUCCAAGUACCAGUAGAUGCAAAGAUAGAAGCAAAAGCUUUUAUAAACCUACAAUUAUGUCUGAAAAGUUCGAUACAUCAGGUGGAAGUGAACCAUUGUUUCGUGGGCCGAGUACAUUUUUAAAACCAACUGAAGCCGAAUUGAAACAAAUAAUAGUAGAUAUACAUCGAAAUAUAUCUGGUCCCGUUGAUAUAAAUAGUGAUCUACAACGAGAUAUCAACAAUCCAGAAGAUGUGAUAGUCAAACGACGUGACGGCGAAGGAAUUACACCAAUUUUUGAUCGUGUUGAAUUGAGACCACUUGAUAAGUCAAGAUUUUCUAAGGAAGCCGAACAUCGAGAAGUAAAAACCAUCAAUUUCGAAAAAUCAAGAAAAGAAAAUCAUUCACUAAAAAGACGCUCCCGAUCUUUAGAUUCAUUUGAUGAACGAAAUAAAAGUCCACGAGACACAUUUUUAUCACGACGUGACAGGAGAGAACGUUCUGUUUAUAAUCAACGUAAAAGAAGUCAACGACGCAGUAAAUCAAGUGAUAGCAGUGACAAUGAUUGUCGUGGAAGAUACCAAAGAAAUGGCAAACGCGAAAGAUCAAACGAUCGGGCUCGAUCAUCGUCGCAUUAUCGUGACCGGUCAAGCUAUUCAUCUAAAAGGAGAUCAUCACGAGAGAAAUCUCACUCGACGGAGAGAAGACGCGAAGACUUGAGUCGAUUAACGCGAAUUGAAACUGUCAGAGAACAUCGAGGAAGAUCUAGAGAAAGACGAGAGAGUUAUCGACAAUAUGAAAGAGAGUAUUCUGAGGGUAGAUCUAGAGAAAUGGCUAGUUAUCCACAUUAUGUUGAACAAAUACCGGUUCCAGUUUACUACGGGAAUUUCCCGAGGCCUGUAAUGAUGCCAAUGAUACCAAUGCGAGGACCACCACCUCCACUAAGAAAUCGUCCACCAUUUGGAGCAAGAUUUCCACCGAGAUUCAUUAAUCCACGAUUUCCUCCUAAUCCUCGUUUCAAUCGUCAAUUUUAAGAGGUUAAUGGAAACAAUUAGGAAAAUUUUCAACUCGAAGUGUUUUUUAAAUAACGAAGCCAGAAAAAUGAUAUUAAAUUAAAAAAAUAUAUUUUCGUUAAAAUGUAUAACGUUAGUAUGUUUCAAGUGAAUUUUUUUUAUUUAAAUAAUUGUUAUUUGAAAUUAUUUAUAUUAAUAUAGCAUGAAAUUUUUUUUAUAUCGUCGUUGUCCAAUUUUCACAUUUUUUUUUUACGAUAAAGUUUAAAAUUUAUUUAAGUGAAUAAGGACUUUCCAAAACUUAUUUUAUUAUUAUAUGGACAAAUUGUGAGGAUUAUACUUAUAUUUAUAAAUUUAUAAAGUACAUUUUAAAAUUUAAAUAUAAUUUUUUAUUACAUUAGAA